GGGGGGUGUAGUUGAACCCUGUUGACGACUCUCCCGGCUCAGUAUAUUCCCGUCCGUCCGACAAACCGUUGGUUCAGCAACAAACCCAACUACGCAAACUGCAGCACGAUCAUUAUUAUUAUUUUAAUGGCGCCUACGAUAAGGGAGUUCGCAGACCACAGAAAAGAAGUCUCAUUGGAAGAACAACUGCAGCAUAGAUUGAAAAUUUGGGACGGCAAAAAACCAGGGGAUGUUUUGAAGCCGAGCUGGAAGGCAAGGAGGACAAAUAGAGAUUUCAAUACUAUCACGGAAACACUGUUCUACAGCAUGGGUCUGGUUGUCGACCAAGCUGUACGGGAAGGUGAUGCACCAUCUUUCACCCCUAGAUCGAGAAAUGGUCACAUUAGGCACACAGACUGUUCCCAGCUUUCUAAGAAACAAGACCUCAUUGACAUCACGAUUAGAACAAUGGCGCUUUUAAGGCAGAACCAACAGUUGCAGAAACAGUUAACCGCCCUACAAAUGGAGACGAGGGCUUUUGUACGGGAAACAAGGCAAAAAUACAAAGACGAUCUCAAUUCGCGUUAAAGUUUCCGCGAAAAUUCGGUUCUACGACUUUAACAUUUUUAUUUAUGUACACUAUCAACCAAUUUUGUUUACAAAUUUAAAUAAAUUAACAAUUUUUUAUUUCGAUUUAAUUGAAGGUUUGAUACGUUUUGGGCUGGUCCAAACCGAAGCAAAUGAUUUGCUUAAGAUGGCUGUGUAUUUUAAAAUUAUACCUGUAAGGUCAGUUUACAUGAAGGAAGCAUAAAAUUCCAUUAGAACAGAAUUUAACCACACAGUCUGUUUGUAAUUUUACACACAAAAAAAUAAACUACCUUUGAGAUUUUCAUUUAAAUGCAAAAUCUUCAAAAAUGAGUUCCUUGGGAAAAUUAUUUUUUAUAGUAUGUUUAAAAGGCCUCAUACAAAUUUAACGAAGAAAAAAAAACAAGCAGAAAUUGACAUAAAAGCAAGCUAGGCGGCUAAGGCUAUCUUUGGCCUACCUCUUAUCUACUGUAAAACUUUUUUUCAUAUAUAUUAACGUAUAGAAGAUAUGAG